UGGUGAUGGUACGACCCCCCUACCUUGGUUGUGAUGUUAUGAUGACUCAUCGAUCGCUUGCUUGUCAGUCCAGAUGGCCACGUAUUUGGAGAAUUGAAAAAGUGAGGUGCCUAACCUCAAAUUGCAUUUGCACUGGCUUAUCUCAUUCGUUCGGAAGCUGAAGUUGAAGCGGCACCCAGUCGAUCUUCCAUCACUCUUCCAAUCACUCCAACAAAACAAAAGACACCCAUGGACGCUGAUCCAUUGCCCAUUUGGCUACCCACCUCCAACUAUAGGAAGACACGACGAUCAUGCCAAUGCAGCAAAGCUUGUUUCUCUUAUCCCUCUUAUUGUCAAGAGCGGCAUGCUUUCUUCCAGCUCCAAGGAAAUUUCGCGUGACAGUUCCCUACCAAAGCUCUUCUUCUUCUUUCGUCGAGGAGGAGGGAGAUCCCAUUUUGAUUGCCUUGACGCGAGAAGAGGGCAAAAAUGACAAGCUUCGCCAUCAACUGACACAACAACUACUUGAAUCCAACGACGACGAUAGUCAGCACCACAAAAAUGUCCAAAUUGUAGAACUCCCUUGCAUUGCUCAUGCGGACGGACCCGAUUUUGACAAACUGCAAGAUACCUUGAUCAAUCAACCAUGGGAUUAUGUCACCAUUACGUCUCCCGAAGCAGCACGCGUAUUGGCAUCGGCGUGGUCACAAGACGCGUUUGGAGAUCAUCCUGUUCCAAAAGUGGCGGCCGUCGGAAAGGCUACCCAAGAAACAUUGACGCAAGCGGGGAUUCCCGUGGCAUUCUGUCCUUCCAAAGCCACGGCCAAGGUGCUGGUAAAAGAAUUGCCGGCUGUCACAAGCACACGAGUCUUAUAUCCAGCAUCGGCACGGGCCCAAACCACAUUGCAAGAUGGACUUGCGGCACGAGGAUUCAAAGUCACGCGGUUGAAUACCUAUGAUACCGUCACGGCAAUGUGGACGGACGAGCAAACAAAACUGGCGGCCAAAACGCAAAUUGUCUGUGUUGCCAGUCCCUCGUCCAUCAAGGGAUGGUUGGCCAAUAGCAACGCGUCAUCGCCGCCGUUUUCCUUUGCGGCUGCUUGUAUCGGCGAAACCAGUGCCAAAGCGUGCCGAGAAUUGGGAUUUGAGGAAGAUCAAAUCUUUUAUCCCGACAAACCAGGUAUCCCAGGAUGGGUACAAGCGGUGCAAGAAGCCUUGGAAGCUACUCAUCCUGCCUCUACGACAAUAGCAGCACAGUAAACAACAGCGAUGUAUAAAAAAAGAUCUGAAGGAUGAUCCACCCAGAUGCACGCAACAAUCUAAGAAGGUGCAAGUUUCCAACAAUCAGGCAAUCUGGUGGGCCUUGAACUAUCAAUGUCGAGAUCCAGAAAAGUACAUCUAAGACCAACCAUAAUGAGUCUGGUUAUAAAUAGUUUGUGAGAGUUGCAUCAGC